GGCUGGAGGGACUUUUCCUCCCGCGUGCACCUGUUCCUCCUGCUGAAGCGCUAUUGGCUGAGCGAGCUGUCAGUCUGGUCCCCGUGGCCCCGCCCACCUUCUGGAGUCCGGAGGCUCCCGGUUUCGGGAGAAACACAGACGGGCAACUUCAUCCGCGCGCGCAGCACAGCGCGAGGACAGCACUUCCGGUUACUGCACGCGCUGAGCAGUUGCGAGAAUUCAGCUGAAAUAUUAAAGCUGGAGUUUUUCUGAAUUAUUGUUUUUGAUUUAUUUAUUUUCCGCUCGCGCGCUGAAACUUUUCUGCAUCUGACAAGCAGAAGGACAAAACAACAAACUCACACUGGAGGAGAAACACAAACUGAUGGAUCUUCAUUUUAAUUCACUGAUUUAAAUAAAAAACAAACAUGUUUUUCUUAAUUUUAUUUCCGGUGAAGAUUGUGGUGAGCUGGUCUCGUGCGGGAUGAAGAUGAUGAAGAUGAUGAAGAUGAUGGUGUUAAAGCAGCACAGAUACAGUACGGAUUAAGUACGGAGUUGGACACACACACACACACACACACACACACACUCUCUCUCACACACACACACACACGGGCGCGCUGAUGAAGAUGAAGAUGGAGAUGAAGAUGGAGAUGAAGAUGGAGACGCGGCGGUGUGUGUGGAGAAGCUCGUUUCCGGUUCUGGUCCUUCUGUUCGGCUGUCUUCACCGGGUGAGUGAGGGGCGGGCUGGCGUGAUGAUGUCAGAGACACUCCCUCGUUUCUCGUCCCCUUUUCCUUCGUCUCUCCCCAUUUCCUGUCACCUGCACGGCGCCGACUCGUCCUUCUUUCUCGUCCGUGACUCUCCACAGGAAGUGAUGCGUAAUGGAACUCUGAGCUCUCUCACUCAGCCUCUCUAUCUCCACCUGCUACACUCUGGCUCCGCCCCUUCGCUGUAUGUCAACUGUAGCUAUGGCAACAUCACUGCCGAGGCACUGGUACCUCCGGAACUCAUCCAGAGGGCGUGGUCGACUCCUAGAGUCAGCCCCGCCUCUUCAUCGAAACCUUUUUUGGGCUGGAAAGUGAAAGCUCACCUGCUGAGCUCAUCAAUAGGGGUGGAGCAACCUCAGGUGCAUGUUUUGUUCUAUCUGAUUGGACACAGGUGGAAUGAGGCGGAGCUUCCUCUGGACAACUUACCAUGUGUACGCGUCGUAGGGACACGCGACCAAUCAGACGGCUCUGUCUCCGCUGCCUGCAGACUGCAGGGCAUUCUGGGAAUGUGCGUGGUCCAGCUGGGCGUGCCCACUUCCUGGUUCAGUCCGGUACUGACCCGCAGACGGCUGCAGGAGCCGGCGAUGGAGCUGCAUUACUCCCUGUGGCCUGCAGAGGGCGGGAACGGCGAGUGCGCAGGGGGCAGGGAGCGAGGGAGGGGUGUAGGGGACAUGCGGCGGAUUGGGAUGGUGACCCUGACCUCCGGGGACAGUAAGAGAGACGGGACGAGGGUGAGACUGGACCAGAACGUGGAGAUUGUCACGCCAUCUCGUCCCGUCAAACAGGGACAGAACGUCAAAUUCAGGAUCCUGCUGAACACCGCGUCCACGACUGAACAGCUCACACUUAGGGCGCAAUACGGCGAAGGCAUCAACUUCGUAGCAGUGAAGCCCAGUAACCUGGCUACGUGGGAAAUCAAACAGGAAGUCGCUCCAGGCUCCGCCUCCUUUUCCAUAUUUUGUGAGAGGAAGACCAGUUCGUCCAAUGAGAGGAUGGACGGCUCCUUUGAGGAGGUGAUGUUGGUGGAUUUUGAGAUGGAUAACUUCAUCACGCUGCAGGCGUCUCACUCCGUCCUCUGGAGGGUCGAAUAUCCAUCUACAGGAGAAACAGCCGAAUCCGUCACACUCGUCUACGUCAGGCAGAGGGACGUCCUGGGCAUCGUCCCGCUCGCUGAGGUCAGAAAAACCCCAGUCCCAACUGAAGAGAAGCAGCUCCAUAGCGUGAUGCUGCCAGCACCAUGCUUCAUCGUGGCUGAACAGCAGCUCAGAGGACCUGUGGGACCUACAGAACAGCAGAUAGUGGACCACGAGCUGGCAAUCCCACGUCUCUGCAACAUGAACAUCAGGGUCUCUCCAGCCUGUGAUGAGGUGUUCGUGAACGGUAAGGAGAUGAGGGGGCGUGUCUCUGUGCAGGUGAACUUUACGUACCUGUAUCUGAACAGCCAAUUAGAGCUGAGCGUCUGGGUGCCACGGUUACCACUGCAGAUUGACGUCUCCGAUGUGGAACUGAGUCAGGUGAAAGGAUGGAGAGUCCCCAUCACUGGAAACAAGAGGCCGACCCGGGACAGUGAGGAUGAUGAUGAUGAUGAGCGUAAAGGGAAAGGAUGCACGCUGCAGUAUCAGUACGCUCUUGUUCGGGUUCUCACACACUUUGUGGCAGAACCGAGCGACCCAGCUGAUGACCUCAUCCACAUGCUGGGCUCUGAUUGGUCGGCAGACAUAACAGACCUGGUACUGGAUUUCCUGAAGGUGGAGGACGAGCGAAUUGCACGACUCACAGAUGGAAGAGUGUUAAUGGGGAGGGACCUGGGCAUCACCACCAUACAGGUGAUCUCUCCUCUGUCGGACUCGAUCCUGGCUGAGAGGACGAUCACGGUGCUGGAUGAUAAAGUCAGCGUCUCUGAUCUCAUCGUUCAGAUCGUCGGCUCUCUUUCUGUGUCCCUUCAACUCAGUGCACAACACAAUAACGCCAUUUAUAUCACUGCUACUGCUAACGACCUGCUGCACACACACAAACAGGAAGCAGUAAUCAGCGCAUGGAUUCAAUACAGCGACGGCUCUGCGACGCCUCUCGACAUCUACGACCCUAAAGACUUCACGCUAGCUGUGACCUCACUGGAUGAGCACGUAGUCUCCACCAAUCAGGAUCAGCUUCAUCCCUGGCCCGUGGUGACUGCCGAGCAUGAAGGUCAAGGGUCACUGGUGCGUGUAGAGAUGCUGAUCUCUGAAACGUGCCAGAAGUCCAAGAGGAAGAGUGUGUUAGCGAUGGGAGUUGGAAGUGUUCGGGUUAAAUUUGGCCAGGAGGAGAAGAGUAGUGUGCAGGGGGAGGGAGGAUACAGCGAUUUGGACAAUGGCACCAGCGAACAUAAACAGGACGUCCAAGUUUUAGAAGAAGAUAAUGACGACGAUGGAGAUGGAUGGAAGUUCACGAACGCAGAGGAAGUUGCACUUAGGAAGAUCAGCGCCACUACAAAGUCAGCCAUGACCAAUCAGGGGAGCAGUAACGUGGGGGAGGGGCAAAUCAAUAACCCCAUCCAGGAUGAGAUCCCUAGUGACGAGCUCACUGCAAACCCACGGCGUCUUUCAGACCUCGAGAUCGGCAUGUACGCGCUGCUCGGCGUCUUCGGCCUCGCCAUCCUCGUCUUCCUCAUCAACUGCAUCAGCUUCGCCUUUCGCUACCGACACAAACAACUUCCUGUUUUGGAUCGCGGCACUCUCAACCAUGCCCAUGACUGGGUGUGGCUUGGGAAUGGGGCGGAGCUUCAGGAUCGUCAUCACGGCGACGCUGAGCUCACAACGACAGCCAUCGACCGCAAUGAAGGUGUCGAGGAAAGCAAAUAUCUGCUGAACCUGAAUCUGAAUGGGGGCGGCUCUCAGAAAAGAAGCUCCACCCACACACAGGAAGGGGUGGAGCCGAGCGUGAAAAAGAGAGUGAAAUUCACACCUUUCACAACAGUCAUGACGGACGAGAGCACGCCGUACGCUAACGUGAUAGGAAACGAAGAUGAUAUAAAGUGGGUGUGUCAGGACGUGGACGUGGGGACGUAUAUGGAGAGACUGCAAGACAAUCUGUGAACAAAGGAAUAAAAACAGAGAGAGAGAGAGAGAGAGAGAGAGAGAGGGAACAGACUCAAUACAAACUCACCUGUAAUGCCUUUGCAUGGAGGAGGAAAAAUUCAUCCAAGGAGCGAGAAAGAAGUAGAAAAAAACAUGAAAAUAAUGAAAUGAAAGAUGAACAGAUAAAAGUUUAUUCAAUGCCUUUAUUUCAUAAAGGCAAAAGUGUUAAAGUGGACACUUAAAUACACAGAGAGUGAAAAAAGCACAGAGAGAUAAAGAAAGAACGACAGAAAGAGAAGAACUAGAAUAAAACAGAAAGUCCAAAAGCAACAAAGACAAAGAGAGAGACAGGGGGAGAGAGAGAGAGAGAGAGAGAGAGGGGGAGACAGGAGAGGGAGAGAGAGAGAGAGAGAGACAGGAGAGAGAGAGAGACAGGAGAGAGAGAGAGAGAGAGACAGGAGAGAGAGAGAGAGAGACGGACAGGAGAGAGAGAGAGAGAGAGAGAGAGAGAGACAGGAGAGAGAGAGAGACAGGAGAGAGAGAGAGAGAGAGGAGAGAGAGAGAGAGACAGGAGAGGGAGAGAGGGAGAGAGAGAGACAGGAGAGGGAGAGAGAGAGACAGGAGAGAGAGAGACAGGAGAGAGAGAGAGACAGGAGAGAGAGAGAGAGAGAGAGAGAGACAGGAGAAAGAGAGACAGGAGAGAGAGAGACAGACAGGAGAGGGAGAGAGAGAGAGAGAGAGAGAGAGAGAGAGACAGGAGAGAGAGAGAGAGAGAGAGACAGGAGAGAGAGAGAGAGACAGGAGAGAGGGAGAGAGAGAGACAGGAGAGAGAGAGAGAGAGACAGGAGCGAGAGAGAGAGAGAGAGAGAGACAGGAGAGAGAGAGAGAGACAGGAGAGAGAGAGAGAGACAGGAGAGAGGGAGAGAGAGAGACAGGAGAGAGAGAGAGAGAGAGACAGGAGCGAGAGAGACAGGAGAGAGAGAGAGAGACAGGAGAGAGAGAGAGACAGGAGAGAGAGAGAGAGAGAGAGAGACAGGAGAGAGAGAGAGAGACAGCUGUACAGAUGGAUUACAGGUCGGAGAGAGCGAGCCACAGGUUGUUAUUAAAAUUGAUUUCUUGUUUCUGUUUUAAUUUUGCUUUGGAGUCACUGAUUUUGUUGGCUGAAGUCAUUUAUUUACAGGAAAGUAGGUCAGCUUUAGAUCCGAAGCUGCACACUGUUCACUAUUGACUGUUCUAGAGUACAGGAUAUCCCACAAUGCACUGCAGCAGGCUAGUGUAGAACACAGUGGAGUAUACAGAAUAAAGCUACACAUUAAGGGAACGUUAAGGAUUAAUUAUUAACAGAAAUUCUAAACAUAGCUUACGUUGGAGAACUUUCAGACCUCGUCCACGCGUAUAUGCAUCGUUCUGAAAAUGUAGAUUUUACCUCUGUUUUAAAAAAACACACACCGUGCUUCUGAAUCGUAAACACUCACGUGAUCACGUGAUCACUCCGUGUCCAUCCUGCGGUGAGCUAGCACGCUAACACCAGUCACACAGCAGAUCUUUUACCAGACCAAAAAAACUCUUGCUAAAAUUAGACACGUUUGCGAGCAAAAAUUGAUUGAGUUAUAAAACGUUAAACUGUUGAUCGAAUAAAUUCCCAUAAUGCACUGUGGUACUUGUAGGGAAAGUGAGUAGGGAGACUGUAAGUGAGUAUGUAAUCUGUGUAUUGAAAAUGCCGAAUGAAUGAAAGGAGGAGAGGAAGAUUGACGAGUGAUGGAGUGAUGGAGUGAUGAGAGAAGAAGGAUUUCCGUUAAUCGAUCGGUUUGUUUCACACAACAGCAGCCUGUGUUCAGUACAAACAUGUUGCUCUGAUCUGAGAUCAGCGUUUAAUCCACUGAACUGUGUAGCAGCUGAUUCACACAGACUGAGCGACUGACUCGGGAUCAGUCCGGACCGUAACGAGCUUCCGUACAGAAACCCACACACACACACACACACACACACACACACACACACAGUAGCCAUGACGUGUCCACUCUGCGAUUAUAAUCUGUGUAACGAAUGUUUAGACCUUUUUUUUUUUUUUUUUUUUUUAUCUACACCUGAUGUACAUGUUCUUUUUACACAUCUAAGAUCCUGCGCAUCACUUCCUGUCGUUUUCUCCUCCCCCUCUUCCUGAUUGGUUAAUUUAUUGAACUUGUUUUUUUCAGGGGAGAGAUCGCCCUGCUGAAUGCUCAGGUGAAACAUAUAUUCACAAGCGUUAACGUUUAAAUGUAGAACUGUAAGAAUGCAAUAUUUAUUUGUAAGUGUAUUAUGGAAAAUAAUAGGAUGUAAAUAAAGUGAUGACGAACUUCUUGUGAAUAUUAAAGAGGCGACGCAGUUUGUGUGGUUUACCUGUUAGAAGAUUCACUAUUUUAUCCAAACAACAUUUAUAUCCUUAUAAAAUAAAAUGUUUAGACUGCUCUACAAUGUGCUGAUAAUCAAUCUUCACCUAAACAUUCAUUUAUACACAUUUAAUAAUAUAUGAACACAUUUAAUAUUUAUUUAUUUAUUUAUUUAUUUAUUUAUUUAUUCACAAACUCCUGUUUUAAUUUUGUUUCUGAUUUCAUCUGUCACUCAGUGUCGACGGUUUAAUAUUAUAGAACUAGAAACUCCUGAAAGUUUCCCUCUCUGUUUGUGUUUCAGUUGGAUUUUAUGAGAAUGUUUGUUCUCGCAGUGUGUGUAAGAAAUAUUUGAUGUUGUUAUGAUAUUUAUGUGCAUUAGAUGAAGAGCUCGAGCUCCUGUGCUGCGGUAAAAAAGGGCGAAAUUGCAUGUAAUGUGCAUUAGGGAUGUUCUGUUUGGACGGUUUCUGAGAAAUUUUCUGUGAUGAAGGCCGUCGUUCACCUGCAAAUGUGACUUCAAAGCCUGCGCUCUGACGGACGCUCAUUUACUCUGCUCUCAGAAAUGACUUCCACCGAGCGCAGGACUGACCAAUCAGCUUCCAGCACUGAGAGGGAAAAAAACAUCGUCCCUUUUUUUUAUUUUACUACCAUCCUAACGUCCUCCAUCACCUCCACUAGAACCUAAAACUCUAACUCAGCUAGCACACUAGCACGCUAACAUGCUAAUGCUGCCUUCAUUGUAAUAACGUCACUUCCCACCUUGGCACAUUCGACCACGUAAAGCUCAUGAACAGCUGCUUUAACUGCACUUUUACAGUCCCAGUUCUGAGGGCUGCUGCUUCUGAUCUGCUGCAGAGACCUUCAGACAUUCAGGCAGCAUUCUGGACUGAACUCCAGCAGACCAAAGCGAGUAGCAGUGCUUCGUACAGUCAGUGUUAUAGAUCCGAGUGCUGCGUCUGUAUACAAACUGAUCUCAAGCCAACACUGAUAUAAACUCAUUGAAGUGUAGAGAAGUGCGACUUUACAGUGUUCACGGUGAGAGCGGCCAUGUUGAUGUGGCGUCACUCUGUGAACGGGGAAGGAACUGGUAGUUGAAAGACGAGUUGAAAUUUGACAUUGAGGGACGUUUCUGUGGCUUUCUGCAGAAUUACAGCUUCACCUCAGACGGAGCGUAAGAUGAGGAUGAGUCUGGUUCCUCUCAGAGUUUCUUCCUCACCACC